AUGUGCAAAAAUGGCCGAAGGGGAAGUUUCUUUAUCUUUCUUGCUCUCCCACUCUUUCUUUCACUCUUUCUUUCUUUUUCUUUCUCUCCAUCUCUCUCUCUCUCUCUCUCUUCUCUCUCUUCUCUCUUCUCUCUCUCUUUGUCUCCUCUGCCUACCCCAAUCUUCAGCCUCUUUACGUUACGUUCUCUCUCUCUCUCUUUUGUUCUCUCUCUCUCACUUUUGUUCUCUCUCUCUCUCUUUUGUUCUCUCUCUCUUUUGUUCUCUCUCUCUCUUUUGUUCUCUCUCUCUCUUUUGUUCUCUCUCUCUCUUUUGUUCUCUCUCUCUCUCUUUUGUUCUCUCUCUCUUUUGUUCUCUCUCUCUCUUUUGUUCUCUCUCUCUCUCUUUUGUUCUCUCUCUCUCUCUUUUUGUUCUCUCUUUGUUCUCUCUCUCUCUUUUUGUUCUCUCUUUGAAGUUUGCUUUUUUGUUCUCUCUCUCUUUUUGUUCUCUCUUCUCUCACUUUUUGUUUCGUUCUCUCUCUUUUUUUUCUCUCUCUCUCUCUCUUUUUUUCUCUUUUUUUUUGUUCUUUUUCUUUAUUUUGAGAGUCCUUUUUCUUCUUUUUUUUCCGAACUGUCUCUCUUUGUGCUUUUUUUUCUCUUUUUUUUUAUUUUAUCCUUUUCUUUCUUUCUUUCUUUCUUUCAUUUCUUUUCUUUCUUUCUUUCUUUCUUUCUUUCGUUUCUUUCUUUCUUUCAUUUCUUUCUUUCUGAUUCUAUCAUCCAUCUUUUCUCGUUUUCUGUUUCACACACGUUUUCCAUGUAUCCUUUCUUUCUUUCUUUCUUUCUUUCUUUCUUUUUUUUAUUUGUUCUUUCACGUUCUUUCUUUCAUUUUUUCUUUUUUUCAAGCACUUUUUCCAUGUAUUCUUUCUUUCUUUUUCUUUCUUUCUUUCUGUUCCUUUCGAUUCCUUCUCUUUCUUCUUUCCUUCUUUCCUUUCCUUUACUUCUUUCUUUCGAUUCUUUCUUUCAUUUUUUUUUCGUUUCUUCUUUUCACGAGCUUUUUCCACGUAUUCUUUCUUUCUUUCUUUCUUUCUUUCUGCCUAUUCUUUUUCUUCCUUCUUUCUUUCUUUCACUUGCUUUCUUCAUUUUUUUCUCGUUUUCUGUUUUUUCCUAUAUUUACCUCUUAUUCUUUCUUUCUAUUCCUUCUUUCCUACUUUCAAUUCAUUUUCUUCUUUCUUUCUUUCUUUCUUUUUUCUUUCUUUCUUUUUUCUUUCUUUCUUCCGCUUUGUUUUCCAUUUCUUUUUUGCUUAUUCCCUACUAA